CCAGCCCGGCGGGAUUUCGUUGGUCUCGCGAGAUCUGGCAGAUCCGAUUGUUUUGGCGGGUAAUUUGAAUCUGCUGAAUGACGCUCUAGAGCUAAACUGAGAAAUGGAAGGGGAAAAGGCACAACUUACUGGAAGUGAUGGGAAAUGCAAUAUUGCCUCUUCAGAUUUAAACGGUUUAUGUACUUACCUGAACACCAAGAUUUCAAAUAUCAAGAAAUCGCUUCAGCUGAGAAAGAUAGUACAAGAACCAUCUUUGAAGACAGUGGUUGGCAAGAUAGUCCAAGAGAUGUUUCUCUUAAACAACAUCCUCAAUGAACUGGAACUGGAAUGCCACCAUCAGGAGAGUCAACAGAAUAAAUUAAAGGAAUUACAGGAAUCCCUGGAGAAGGACUAUAGUGAAGCUCAACAUCUCAGAGAUAAUGUGCCAAUUCACCUGCCCAGAGCAGUCCCAAACAGUGAAAUGGGCUUCGUGGCGAAGAAUGAAGAGCCACGCAAAGAAAGUGAUGUCGCCGAUGCAAAGAAGCCAUCAAAGAAGACCAGGAGCAUCAAGGAAGUAGCUUUCAUCAUGGCAGAAGAGUUUGAAAGCAUUCCUGCGUACAUGCGUGGUCGUAUCACCUAUAACCAAGUGAAUGCAGUCAUUCAGGAAAUCAAUAAGGCAGUGGUGAGCAAGUAUAAGAUCAUGAACCAACCUUUCAGAAAAAUGUCCAGUGCUGCCAGGAACCUUUAUUCCCGAUUCCUGGACGAAGAAACCAAAGAUACAAAAGGUGAAUUCUUUAUAGUGGAGGCUGACAUUGAAGAGUUCACGCAACUGAAGGCAGACAAACGCUUCCACAGUAUUCUCACCAUCUUGCGACACUGCCAGAGAUUGAGGGAAAUCCGUGGCUCGCGCCUUGUUCGUUAUGCCAUCUGUUGAGGAGUUUCCAAGACUUUUGUGGUGGGUUGUCACCCAAUUCUGUGCAAAGAACAGAAUCUCCUAAGUGACCACAUUCUGAUUUUGAAUGAUUGGACUGAAACUUUAGCAUCUGUGCUUUUGCAUUUCUUUCCAUCCCUUUUUUCCUAUCACCAGUCUUUAUUGUUGCAGAAGGCAACUUUCAUUUCUAUUAUUAUACUACAUUAUUUAUAAAACCAUGAUGAUUUUCCAUUUUAGCAAAGAUGUGCAACCUUUUGACCCGGGUGUGAGUGUUUUCCUCUGCCUUGCAUUGCUUUCUGUUGAGCUUAGGAGCUUUUUUCUGCCAAAUUAGAACUAGCAUGACUGGCAUGCCAAGAAAAUAAUCUAAGCAGCAGGUAAGUUCUUGUGACCUUCCGUUCUCUUUCGGAUGGGUUCUAAUUGUGAGUUCUCAAUUGCGGCAUUCCAAAUGUUGCAAAGGAACCCCUUCUGUGUGUCAUUGAACACAAAAUCUUUGUGCGUGCUUACAGUAUGGGUAUCUGUUUAUAGAAGCACCAGACAAGGAUCCAUCUGUUACCUUCUGAAAUGGCUUGCAAAGGAAAAAAUAUUUAACUCAUGCAGGGUCAGUCUGGGACUAAUGAUUGUAACACUUCUCAGAAGGCUCAAAACCUAUGAAUUCUUGGUAAGUGGAAAGGUUAAGAUGCUGGAGACCUUGGUUUAAUUCCCCGCUUGCCAAAGAAACUCACCGAGCGGCCUUGGGCGCUAGGUAUAUAUCCUCAGCCCCAGAAAACCCUAUGAUAGAUCCACCUGAAGAUCAUUAUAAGUAGAAAAUGACCUAAAGACAAACAACACCAGCAAAAUGCCAUUCUACUUUGAAGCCGUUGACACUGCGCCCUAGUUCCGUUCUGUUCUGUUCCAGCUUAAAAAGCCUUCCGUUCCAGCUUAAAAACAUGGCUUUUUAAGCAAACCUUUGAUCUUACAUAGGUUUUUAAGGAUUAGUCCAAGGACUUACUGUGAGCAUCACGUCGGCAUUGGCUAUGUCAAUUGAAACAACUUGUUUUUUUCCGUAGCUAUGACUGCAUUUUAUGAAUUUUAAUGUUUUAUAUUGUACUUAUGUAUGUGUGGUUGUAAUUCUGUGAUUGUCAUUGUUUCAGAUUAUGUAUUAUCUAUACAUUUUGCUGUAUUUUGUUGGCCGCCCCAAGUCCCUUCAGGGAGAUGGUGGCGUGGUAGAAAUAUUAUUAUUAUUAUUAUUAGUUCUCAUCACUUACUGCACAAAUGGGGAUCCAUUGGCAAAUUACAGUAUAUCGGCCCAAACUGGGUUCUGAUGUGUGCUUCUUGUCCCUUCCAGAGAAGGAUGAAGGAGCAGGGUCACAAAACUGCUGUAUCAAAGUGACUAAGAUAGAGAUUGAGAAAUUAUAGAGACUGAAGUUUUACCUUUUUUUGUAUUUUAAUUCCCAAAUGCGACCUGUUGGCACAUUGAACCUUCUCAGAUAAAUGGAAGAGUAAGUGCUGGAGUUGAUAAUCCCCUGGCAGAUUUGGAGAAAAUAAUUGCCGGUCUGCCACUUUAAAUUGCUAAAGAAUAAAUUAUUCAGAAGAUUGCAUUUAUAGAUAAGGAAAGAAGGAAGAAUAACCGUUGAAGGACUAAAGAAAAUCUGAAUUAUAUUUUGUGCAGCAAGAAAAUGUCACAUGAAAAGGCAAAUAAGUUCUAGCCUAUUUUCUUCUAUGAUACAACAUGUUAAAAGUCCACUACAUGACGGUCAUUUGAAACUUCAAGGGCCGACUGUUUGCAUGCACCAGCCUAUCCUUCAUUUCAGGAAGCUGUAUGAUUUCCCUUCCCUGCAGCAAAGGCUUUACAGGAAAAGUUCUUGUAAUAUGAAAGGGCUUAACUGUCUUCCUCAUAGUUCAUUUUCUUUUAAGACAUUAAGGCAGUUUACAAUUUUACAAAGUCAUACAGGCAUAUCUUCACAUUCAUUGUUUCACCUUUUAAGUUUCUACAGUAGAGGUGGAUAUCAUGAAGCCCACCCAAUGUUAUUGGACAACCUUCCAGCAUCUCUUCUGAUUGACUUUGCUGGCUAGAGCUCCAGGAAUUUAUAACCCAACUUUUGGAUGGUCACAAGAUUCCCAUCCUUAUUCAGCAGCAAUGGCUAAAAGCAGCUCCAUGAUGAAGACCUCACCUGGGAUGGGAAAAACAAGUCCUGAAUUACCUAUUAGCAUUUCAGAGAGGGACUGCCUCAAUAGACCUGCGAGAUCAACUCAUGCCUUUUUUCAGAAGCUAAGAACAAGAACUCCCUGUCCUAUACAUAAUGUCUUUUCUCGUCUCUUGUGGCACAGACAUACAGGAUGGAAAGGGUAGUUUUAGCUGCAAAUGUUCUUGACAUGCAGCUCUCAAGGGGAGCGUGGUAAAGUUGCCCUCUCCAUCUUUGUUGUGUGCCUUUUGGUUGUUUCCAACCUGUGAUGAUAGUAUCACAAACCUGUGAUUAUAUGAUCAUGGGGUUUUCCUGGCAUGUUUUGUUCAUUGCCUUCUCAAGUUAGGAGAGUAUGAUUUCCUCAAAGUCACCCCAUGGGUUUUAUGACCGUGCAAGGAUUCAAACCCUGGUCUCCAGAAUUGUAGUACAGCACUCAAACCACACCAUGUUGCCUCUCUCCUCCCAACAUAAAUAUGUGAAGAAGUAAUUAGAUUUUACUCCUAGUUUAUCUCACCUCUAUUUUCCCUCUCUGUUGUCUUCAUAUCCUUUUCUAGAUUGUAAAUGCAUUCAUUCAGGGAGGCGUUUUAACAUUCCGUAUAAAAUGACAAUACAUAUUAGGCAGUAGGUCUCCUUGUUAUCAAAACAUUGAAACCCAAAUUAUGAAAUGUGGCUCCAUUGAAACACAGUGAGCCUGUGUUGCCCUUGUUCUGUAGUAAUUUUUCAUGAAUUACCUUGGAAUGCAGCCCAACACACCACAAACUCCAAGAAACAAUCUCUUACAUUAUAAUCCACAAUGAAUUGGGGGACACACCGGGUUUGCAUCAGUCCCCUGGGUGCUUUUCCUGUUUCACCUAAUAUGAUCUGGGAACAUUUCCUCUUCUAUGCCCCAAGUCAUCCAAUCUGAUGACACCCAUUGAGAUGGUCAUCACCCAAAAGCAUCUAUUGCUUAUCUGGACUAACACCAUUGUAUAUACUGGAGCAAAAACAUUAAGCCCAUUAUCGAUUGUCACACCACAUCCACAUUCCCUCUUAAGGAAGAAUCAAUAAAUCAACAUACUCUUCAAUAUGAUUCAAUAACAAGUUUAUUUACAUUUCUUGCCAUGGUGGGGACCAAUCAGCAAGGAUUUCAGAGGGAAUCCCGGACCAACCAUGGAAUGGAUCCUAACUGGAAACUGAACCAAUCUGGAGGUAGCAUGGGAGUCUUGAGGAGCUGUAAAAUGUAAUAUAUCAUCUGUAUUGAUAAUUGUAGUGUGCCAGUUCUUUGGAGUACUUUCUCUACUGACAUCUUCUCUGGCCAUUGGGAAUAAAGCUCUAAUUUUGUCUUCAA